AUGAGGCCUUUCGGAGCUCUCACGGCGGCAGUGGCGACCUUGGUGCCAGUGGCCUGCAAUGCAAAGACAAUCAUGGAUUACCUUCGUACAGAUGACCGCUUGUAUGAAGCCAGGUCAAUUGCUGAAGAAGCAGGUAUUCUGGACGACAUAGAUCCAAGUCGUUUUGGAACCCAACUGACGCUCAUGCUCCCGUCAAAUGAAGCCUUUGACCAGUUGCAUGCUGAUCAUCCCAAAUGGCGCCGAGCGCUCAUCAACAACAAGCAAAACGUUGAAACUCUCAUCCUCUUCGCGGCAAGUGAUAUGGUCGUCACCCCCUCGUCCAUUCGCAGCGGCAAAUGGGAAGCUGAGGGAUCCAUUGUUUCACUGCUCUCUGAGACUGCCAGCAUUGCUCCCGAUGGCUAUGUCUGCGUCAGCGACUACACGAGGACUGCCGCUUGCGAUGACCCAGACAGCUUACCUUGUUGCGGUAUGGUAGAUCUCGACAACGUAAUACAGGCCGAAGAUGGAUAUAUCUACCUUGUCGACACUGUUAUGAUGCCUCAAGAGAUUGUCGACAAACUUCCAUGA